CACAAGUUCACGUGCGUCUGGUGGUGGGUUUGUUGGCUUUUUCGUUGAUCAUGUUUUCAAGACAGAAAACAAUGGUGAUGAAAAUGUGUUUCAACAAAAUUGAUGUGAACACCAAAUUGUAUGUGUCAGUUGGCUGUUCCAGGGCAUUUGUCAGAGAUCUUGAUGAGUAUCUCUGGGGUAUAUACGGCCGUCCAGAUCAUAUAAAUAGUUGUGGUGAAGAAGUUAACGUUAACAGUGAUGAAAGCAGCAACGUCUCUACUGAUGACACAGAGCAAGUAGAACAACACAAUGAUGAAGCUAAUAAUACCAUAAAAUUGACUGAUGGUAGAUCCCCAGGAGUUUGUUGUGAUCAAAGCCAAUCUAUUGUAAUUAAAUGCAGCGAACAAUUAAUUGACAAAACAACUCCGAUAAAUCCAUUUCACGAUGAAGAAGAUAUCAAUAAUGGAAAAGCAAAUCUCAUUUCAUCUUGCUUUACCUGUUUGGAAAAUCCUGCGGCUGAUACAAAAAAGACUAAUCAAAUUGCAGAUUCUGCUAAAGCAAAUGUUGAAACUGUCAACAAGUUGGACUUGACCAAUGAACAUGAUCUCAUGCUCGCUAUGGGCUUGCCGCUUUCAUUUACAAGAUCACAAAGCAUGUAUCAACAACAUGACAGUACGGAUGGCUUUAAAAAUGGAAAAAAGCAUCGAAAGAAAAGGAACAAAAAGAAGAUGAAAAUGAGAAUGGAUGUUGCUGGAUCUGAUGAGUUUUCAGUAAAUGAUGGUUUCAAAAGAGAAAGGACACACAGAAUGAAAACUAAGAAACUGAAGAUAAAAAAUCCUGAAGGCUAUGAACUUUUGGAGAACAUUGUAAAAUGUGAAUCUAACACAUAUCAUGAUGCAUGCUUGCCUACUGAUGGUUUCCACUGUAACACAAGUGAUAACUUAAUGUCAUGGGAGACAUAUUGGGGUUAUUAUGGAGAGCACUUGAUGUGGGAGACCUGGGUGGAAAAGUACCCAAACUAUCCUCACCAGAAAGAAAGUACUGUCGAACUUGAAGGAGGUUCGGAAAAAGUAAAUGACAAGGAAAAUGAAUCUGGGCCAGUGUUAACAGCUCCUUCUGACUUAAAAUCCAAAGCUGAAAAUAUGGUCAGUACAUCUCCAAAGGUGCAAUCACUAUCCCAUCUGAAAGAACAAAAAGGCAUGAUUGAUAAUAUGACUGAAGUAGUAGGUCUUGCUCAUGAAGACAAAAUUGUAACACACCAUCAGAUCAACUCUGACAUUUUUACAGAUUCAACCUCUGUGAAUACAGAGAAAAGUGAAGAUGCUAUGGCUAUUCCUACUGAAAGAGAGUGUUUUACAGAUUUUCCUUCAGGAACAACUUAUUCCAUUGAUAAUGGAAAUUCAGACAAGGAACACAAUUGGGAGGAACUUUGGAACAGUCAUUAUGAAGAAGUGUAUUGGUCAUGUUACCAGCAAUAUAAGAUGUGGAGUGACCAAUCAAAUGACGAUGAUGCCAGUCAUGUGGAGAGGGUUGACCAAUCAGAUGUGCAUGAUGCUAGUCACGUCGUUGGGGUUGACCAAUCACAUGAUACAAGUCAAAAUGUCGACCAAUCAAAUGAAAACCAACAGACAGAUGAUGAUUUUAGCUUCAGUCUUAAUGAUGUCAUUGACCAAUCUGGACAUCUUACUAUUGAUAACUCAAAAGACAAUGACCAACUAUCUGAGGAGCCAACAGAUGGGAAAUCAAAAAAGCGAAAAAAACAUAGGAAUGAUGAGGGCCAAUGUACAGGGUCUAGUGAAAAUGUUAGUAAGACAAGUAUAGAAAUCUGUAAUAGUAAGAAGGAUGACAGUAAUGAUGGUGAUGAGGAUGAUGACAAACAAGCUAAUAGACCUUUGAAGAUUAAAAAGAGACAUGAAAUGGAUGUUGACGAAGAUUGUGAGGAAGACACUGAGGAACUUGUGAAAUCCCUUGGACUAAAAUUUGAUUCCAAACCUAAUAGGUUUGAAAACCAACUCGAAUUCAACUCCAUCAAAGUGUGCUAUAUGAAUAAAAAGGUUAAAAAGAAAGUAAAACCCAAAAAGAAAAGAAGUAGAAAUAAAGCCACAUUGGGAAUGAUUGAAACUCUUGAAAAUGUUCCAGAAAUUAGCACCAGUAAGAAUAGUAACAGUACAUUGAACAGAGCUAAGAAAUUCCUUGAUAUGGUCAGAGAUUGUGACCAUGGAAACCAAGAGAUUGAAACUUCAACCAAUAAUCCAGAUUCUGGGGCCCAAGAUAUGUCAAACAAUCAAGAAAGGGAUCCAGUAGAAAAGCGUGCUGAUGUUGAACUUAAGGUCGAAGAAUUAAAUGAAAAGUGUUUAGAAACCCUCUCUGAAAAUAUAUCCCGUAUUGAUGAAGGCAAACAGGUUAAUAAAAUAAUGAAUGAUGAUGAAGAUGGAUUGAUGGUUGAAACAAAGUUGAUUCCAAAAACCGUUUCUUUGGAACAAAAUAAUGAUGAGGAAGAAGACGAUGUUGAAGACGAAGAAAUAGAAGAAAGAAUUGGAGAAAAAUCUGCCAAAGAAAUUGUUGUCUAUGAUGAUCCUCAGAUCAGGAACUACCCUGAGGUUGUGGAUAAUCCUGAGUUGUUGAAGUACUGGGCUCAGCGCUAUAGGCUCUUUUCAAGGUUUGAUAAAGGGAUUAGAAUGGAUAAAGAGAGUUGGUUCUCAGUUACACCUGAGAAGAUAGCACAACACCAUGCCUCCAGGUGUAAAUCAGAUCUCAUCGUCGACGCUUUCUGUGGUGUUGGUGGAAACGCGAUUCAAUUUGCAUUCAGCUGUGAACGAGUUAUUGCAAUUGAUAUGGAUCCAGUCAAAAUAGCUUGUGCUCGUCAUAAUGCAGAGAUUUACGGUGUUGCAGAUCGUAUCGACUUCAUCGUGGCAGACUUCUUUGAUGUUGCUGGGUCCUUAAAAGCUGAUGUGGUUUAUCUAAGUCCACCAUGGGGAGGACCCGAGUACCUGCAUGCAAAGAUCUUUGACGUGCAAAAUAUGAUGGCAAUUAACUCAUUUAAAAUGUUUGAAGUAGCUCGCAAGAUCAGUGGCAACAUCGCUUUCUUCGUUCCAAGAAAUGCUGAUGUUCAACAGCUUGCAUCUCUUGCAGGGGAAAAUGGCAGGAUGGAAAUUGAACAGAAUGUUUUAAACAACAAAGUGAAGACACUGACUGCUUAUUAUGGAGAGCUAGUUAACUAUUGAAUUAAUGCUGGAUAUAUAGUAGUCUUGGAUUGUAAACAUAAAAACUGUUUUGCAAUAUUUCUGUAUAUAAAACAUAAUUUUGAUAACUUCCAUGCUUAUUUUCCUUACACAAAAAUACUGUAUUUUCAUAGUAACAUAUAUCUGGAUAACGUGGAUCUGUAUAGCUAUAGUACCAAAAAUAUUCUUCCACCAAGCCUUAACCCUUGAAUACUGUUGCUAAGUGAGCUUGUGCAUGGUAGCUGUAUUUGCGAAUAAAUUUUUGGAUGUGUGUAUUCCCUGGCAACGCCUAUUGAAAAACCUGAUUGGCCGGAUUGUUAAGUUUGAUUUAUACAAUUGUAGGCAUCUCGGACAGGGACAUGUUCCCCUUUCGCCUCCCAGAUUCUUUAGAGAGAAAUAAGAUUUUGAAAUUAUAAAAUUAUGUCACCGCUUUUCAUCAAUAAUGAUAUCAUCAAUAACAUCAUCCUAUAGAAACAAGAUAAAAAAGAAAGAAUGUUUACUUGAGCAACCAAUGUACUGUAUAUAGAUAUAUUGCUGUGUUCUUAGUUUGUUCAGCACACAUUAAAUCAUUUAUAGAAAUUUCUUGUUAAUAGCAGUUUAAUAAAUAAUGCUAUGGUCAUAAAUUUUA